CGAAGCCUACCCAAUCAAUGGACCAAGAAAUGAUGCAGGGCCAUGGCUACCAAAAUACUUAAAGCUAAAACCUUUGUCGCAUAAUUUCCCAACUGAAACGAGCAAAUGUCAGCUGCUCUAUCCGCAAUGUCCUCACAAGUAGUAAGAGCUUCAUGGGACACCCAGCAAAGACUCUCAUACAAUCCCAACGCUCCUCGAAAACCCAAGAAAAACCCUAUUUCCCAACCCAACUCUUUACCUCCAACACCAUCACCAACGCCUUCACCAUCAAUUACUUUAACUCCUCAAGCAGUUUCAGAACUUCUCAAGCGCAACACUAUAGCUCAAGGGGUUGUAACGAAAUUUGGUGAUACUUAUUUGGGAUAUGAGAGAUGGAUGCCCAGUCCACCAAAAGUGGAGAAGCCUCGAUCAGUUUAUAAUGCAGCUACUUUAGCUUAUAUUGUUGAUAGCAUAUAUGAGCUAUACGCUCGAAGACACUUUUUGUUUCCUCCAUUAAGUAUUGACGAGUACAAUGAUCGUGUAACAGCAGUAGUACGCUGUGAAGCACAGGAUGCGUUGCUUCAGAAACUUCUUAGUGAUGAUUGCUUAUCAAAAGAAGAAAGGUACGAAAGGCUCAUAACAAUCUGAAGAAUCUGAACUUAAAAUGUUUGGUUGGUGGCUCAUAUUCAAAGGAGAACUUAGUUUUUCUUUUAGAGUGUGAUGAUGGCUUGUAAAAUGAAUAAAAGAUUGGACUUUUUGGUAUGCUUGUUGGAAUUGAGACGAUAUUUGAGGUACAGGUUUAUUAUCUGGUUUGUGAGGCAA